AUGAAAUCAUUGAUUCUUCUAACAAUAUUUUUCAUUGGAUUUAUCGCCAGUGAUAAUUCAGAUGAGGAUCCUGAUGAAGGUGCUCUUCCAGAUGAAUUUUGUACAAAAGUUUAUGAACAAGAAGGUGAAGGUGAUACAGUUCCAUAUUGUGAUGUGUCAAAUUGGAUAAAUAAUUAUCAAAUGAAUGAUGGAUAUUGUGAAAUGGAUUUACAUCGAGAUUUAAUGAACUUUUGUGAUCAACAAUUCUUUGUUGGACAAUACAAUUCAGCAAAUCAGAUUCUAAAGGCACAAAUUAGCUUUUUAAAUGACAAUGGACAACCAUGUCUUGAUAAUCAAGGAUUUCCUUUACAAUUUUCCUCAACGAAACGAACUUUAGGUCAUAUUAUUCCAAUAUCUUAUAUGAAUUAUCCAUAUACAUAUGCGAGAUGUCGAUUACAAUUACAACCAGAUUGUGAUUUUAAUCCGGAUUCAUUGUUCUUUCAUUUUCUCAAAUCUACAAAAAAUUCGUGUUGUUAUGAUGGGAAGAAAAGUGAUGGAGAAACCGAUCAAGAUUGUGGUGGAAAAUGUGCAACGAUCAGAAAAUGUCCAGUUGGUGCAACAUGUGAAAAAUAUUCGGAUUGUAAAAGUGGCUUUUGUCAUAAUAUAACAAAGAUUUGUUUACCUUCAUAUUGUAAUGACAAUGAUAAAGAUCGACAAGAAACUGACGUCGAUUGUGGAGGAAUAUGUGCUCAAGGAAAUAAAUGUGAUGAUGGUCUAAAAUGUAACAUUUCUAAUGAUUGUCAAAGUGAUUUAUGUCUCGAUGGAAUAUGUUUACCUUUGACUUGUAUUGAUUCGGAUCAAGAUGAAAACGAAACAGAUAUCGAUUGUGGAGGUAUUUGUUCUCCGAAAAGAAAAUGUUGUGAUUAUAGAAAAUGUCAAAAUAACGCUGAUUGUUUAAGUGGAAUUUGUACCAACGAUAUUUGUGCACCUAAAAAUCAAUGUUCAAAUAAUUGUCUUAAUCAUUGUCAACCAAAAUUUUUAAUAACAUUUGGUUCUGGUUAUGAUCAAAUUUUGAAUGCAACAACAAAUAUCUUUGGUUUUACCACAGAUUUGACGUUUAGUUACACACAACAACCAAACGAUGGGAAUUAUGUUCUUAUCAAUUCACUAAAUAACACAUUUCCUUUUUGGUUUACUUUGAAAAUGGAUCAUACUCCAUAUGAUAAUGGUGGAUACAUGUACAUUGUAAAUACGAAUCAAACAAAUUCAACAAUUUUUCAAUAUAACGUUACUAAUCUUUGUAUUGGUUUCUGUUAUGAAUUCUCUGCUUAUAUAGCAAAUGUGAAUAAAUUUACAACACAACAAAACAGUGCUUCUGCAAAUAUAACUUUUCAAGUAGAGAGUAUUUCACGUGUGAAAAUCCUUACUUAUGCUAAAAUUGGUAAUCUGGAGAACAAUAAAGAAGUCACAUGGAUUAAACUUGGUGUUUCAUUUAAUGCAACAGAAUCUGCUGUUAUUCUUUCAAUGAUUUUAAAUGCUGUUUCAGGAAUGGGAAAUCAUAUUGCUAUUGAUGAUAUUGAAUUACGUACGUGUUCAAGUGAUCAAUCACGUGCGUGUUCAAUAGGAUGUGUUGGUUAA